AUGAGCUCAAAGGGUGAAUCAAAAAGAAUCAUACGCAUACAAAGACUCUAUUCCGCUUCUGAGGCGUGCUCAUUAGGCCCGUUGAUGCAGUUGGUAGUCAGAUGCCUGACCCUUGUCUGUCCGUUCCGACGAUUCAGAUGCCUGAGACUUGCCCCGAGCAAGCAAAUUGGAUACGCCCCUCCUGACGGCCUCGAGCAACGGCGUGACAUAUCGCGGACUUCCUUGCUGAUGCGACUGACCAUAUCGUACUCACCACCUCGCUCGUCGUAUACCUCUUCUGCCCGACGUUUUUUGAACUUCACCUGA